GGGAUAUUGUUGAGGGCACGAAAUUCGAAAACAGGAAAAAUGGCGAUGCGUGCGGACAGCUUGCUAGACAGUCCUGUCUCAUAUAACAGUUUCCAGCGAUCGAUCCCCCUUAGAGCUUCGAAGAUUAACAUAGGGCCAUUUCGGGCUACUCAGAUCUGGAAUGAAAUCGUGGAUCACUUGAAGACAAAUGUGGAGGUCAAGAGACGUCGCUACAAGAUGAAGACUUAUGACAACAGUUUCUCCGGGGCCCAUGCUGUGGAUGUCGUCAUGACUUACUUACUCAGUGAGAAAAACACUUUCAGCACAGAUCUCUCCAGAGACAAGGCUGUUAAGCUGUGUCAGUCUCUGAUGGACCGCCAGGUUUUCUGCUCCAUCAGUAACCGCACCAGCGAGAUCAAGAAGAUGUUUGAUGACAGCCACAGCAAGCUCUAUAGGUUUGUGGGCAUGGACCCCCCGGAGGGCCUUGAGAACUCCAACUUAACCAUCAUAGAAACCAGCUCCUCCGACGAAGAACACGACUACUCCAUCAUGGAAGAUUGCAGGGGAAAUCAGUCAAUCAGACUGAGCCCUGAUCAGGAGAAUGGUUUAGAUGACAGUGUGGUGUGUAACCCCAUCGCCGUCAACAAGAAAGGACAAGUGCUACAGGAGAUUAUCUCCCUUCAUCAGUCCUUCACAAGACGUCGUAGUCGUAGUUCUCUCAAGUCUGACACAUCUAUUCUAAACCGCAGUAGUUACAGGGACUCUCCCAUACCACCAGAAGCUAUGGAGUGCCUAUGGAGAGAAGUUGCCCUGUGCCAGUUGUUGACCAUUGUAGAGAUCCCAUUCCUGGAAGGUCUUCUGACAGAACAGAAAUCUGGCAAGAAGAGCACCAAACAGAGUCUAAUGUUGACUAACUCUGUCUCCAAACACUACAACAGUGUCUGUAUGAACAGCGUCUCCGACCCCUUCAUGAGGACAGCCCUGAACUGCAUUGAGUGUCUGCCCAAAGGUUUACUAGUGCUAGAGAAAGACUUUGUCCGUGAACAGAACCCAGCCGCCAAGAUCCAGGCUUUCCAUGUUCUCAGCGGCCAUUACAAGUCACGGAGCGAUUCCCUGCUGCCAGAGAAUUUCAUCGAGGUUCACCUGGCCAUCUUGAAUUUUAUCAUCCAGCAGAAGCAUGAAGUGGCCAUUGCCUCGUUACAGUUAGACAUGAUCAUCCUGCCCUGGCACAUCAGGGAAGAACUUCGCCGUCUGCUCAAGUUCAUGGUGGCCUGUUCUGAGAUGACCGACUUCUCUGUUGAUUCCAAGGUAAACAAUGAGACACUGGUCUUGGACACAUUCACUGACUGCAUCAUUCAACACAAAGUGGUGGCUCACAAACUCGCUCGAGUCCUGGUUCUGUUCCUGAUGAAGAAUCUCAAGCGGAUCUUCACUGUUCCCAAGGAAAUCAAAGAGCGAGUGGUCACACGUCUCAACGAUCUAAAAACCGGCGAAGUCUCUCCUGUGCGAGAUAACGCAUACUGCAGUCAGGUGACUUCAGAUGAGUACCAGAAACAAGCCACCGAGUGCACAAACUCGGCCCUUGUCUCCAUGAUGAACGGUAUCCUUGACAACACCAACUUUACCCUAAAGGAAAAGAAACAGCGUCUCCGACAGUUCCAAAAGUGUCACCCAGAGCUGUAUGCCAAGAACUUCCAUGGAAUGUUGUAAUGAUGGAACUCAGUUUAGCGGACUUAUGGUGCUCUUUCUAUGUAAACGAAUUCUCUUGAUAUGUACCUUUUCAGAUAAUGCAGGGUUCAUUGUCUCUAGUGCAAUCUUAUAUUUUUUUAACGACUGUAUACCAUGUGAUAUUGUACAUAUAUUUGUAUAAAUUGAACAUUAUUUAUUGUCACCUCAAUUGAAAUAACUUUAGAACUAGAGUGUCUUAACCCUGAUAGUAUUCUUUACUCUUUUUACUAUUUACUAUAAUCCCUUUAUUUCAACUAACAAGCCAAUGGAUCUCCUAUUAUUCACUAAUAUUUUUCUGAGUCUUAUAAUCCCAUUUUUGUUUUCAACUGAAAAUUCAGUAGAUCUCAUGCACUCUGUCUCAACCACCAAGUAUAGAAUGUAGAAAAUUUUUAA